AUGGCAAGCAAGACCUUCUCGUUCACAAGUACGACCGCCAAAAGACGCAUUUCCAAGAACAUGAUCUCCGAGCCCAAGAACUUUGAGCAUCUCAUCCAUACUGAGACCGAAGAGGAGGCGACAAUCAUCUUCAAGGAAUGGAUGAGGAACCCCAGUGCCGGAAAAAUGCCAGUUCCGUCCAAAGUCUCCCAGCUCAAGUUCGAUUUGGUAAAACAAGAGGACUCGUCCAUCUUUGCGACCCCGCCCGAGACCCUCAAAGGCCCAACCUUCCAUACCAAACUCGCCCAGGCCAACCCUCACCAACGCGAUGCUUCCUAUGCGACCUUUGUGAUUGCAGAGAAUGAUGACUCGGAGGGAGUCUCUGUCGGCGCAGGCUGGAGCAAUGACGAGAUUGAGCGGUCGGCCGUCCCCUCCCUCUCGACCGUCGAGCAGUCGUCGUCGACAAAGAUAUUCUUUGAGAGCUACUAUCAUCGUCUGUUGACAAAUCCCUCAGGACGUUCGCGCCGUCGGCUUCAAUUGGAGCGCCAACUCGAGACUUUGGGUAUCUCUGAGGAACACAAGACAGAGAUGCGGCAGGAGUGGAUGGCCAACGAGACCGAUUACAUGCGCCUGCUGCGUGAGAAAAUUUCGGUCAAUUCGUUCUUGAUCUUGAAGACGAUUGGCCAUGGUGCCUUUGGUGUGGUCAAGCUAGUCCAGGAGAAGGACACAGGUCUGUACUUUGCCAUGAAGGUCAUGCGCAAGGCCGAUAUGCUCAAGAAGGGCCAAGAGGGACACGUUCGAGCCGAGCGCGACCUGAUGACGGCUGCAUCCGAGUCGGCGGUGUGGAUUGUUAAGUUGAUUUAUUCCUUCCAGGAUGCGGACCACCUUUACCUGGUCAUGGAGUACAUGUCUGGAGGAGAUUUGCUGAACCUGCUGAUUGAGAAAGACAUCUUUGAGGAGGACUUUGCCAAGUUUUACGUCGCCGAGAUGGUCCUCUGCAUCGAGGAGGCGCACAAACUAGGCUACAUUCAUCGUGACAUCAAGCCCGACAACUUUUUGUUCAACAAGGAGGGCCAUAUCAAGCUGUCAGACUUUGGUCUCGCCACCGACUUCCAUUGGGCUCACGACACGGCUUACUACGAAUCGCAAAGACGAGCACUGCUGCGCAAGACUGGUAUCGAUCUCGAGAACACCGACACGCUCAAGCCUCGCAAGAAGCCUGGCAACACCAAGGCAGCCCUGGCAUGGAACCUGGACGACGAGGACUUUUCGCAAUCAACAGGCCGACCUCCAGCCAACCAGAGUAUCCUGACCUGGCGCGAUCGUAACAGAAAGAAGAUGGCGUUCUCGGUUGUCGGCACCAACAACUACAUGGCACCCGAGGUUCUUCGCGGCACUGGAUAUGAUCGCGGAUGCGACUGGUGGAGUCUCGGGGUCAUUAUGUUUGAGAUGCUGUACGGAUAUCCUCCCUUUAUUUCCAAAUCUCGCCAUACGACACGUCUCAAGAUCAUCAACUGGCGACAGACCCUCCGCUUCCCCGCCAAGCCCAAAGUCUCGCGCGAGGUCCAAGAUCUGAUCGAGAAACUCAUCUGUGAAAAGGAGUUCCGUCUCGGUCGUUCGCCACCCGUCGCCCACAACUCGACCAAACGGUGGUCGACCGUCUCGCCCCACCUGAUGCAGCAACAGCAACAGCUCUUGAACCAGAGCAUGAACAGCCAAGGAUUGGGCGACGCAUCCGAGAUCAAGAACCAUCCUUGGUUCCGAGGCAUCGACUGGGCCAGUCUUCGUUCGCAAAAUCCACCGUUCCAGCCUGCAUUGAAGGACCCCGCAGACACGAGAUACUUUGACGAGAUGGUUGAUGAUAACCCGAUGGCCGCACCAGAGGGCGAGGAGCGAGUCAUCCGGGACCCAUUGUUGGGCAACAAGAACGAGGGCAGGAGAUUGCUAGAUAUGAGGAAGAAGUUGGCCUUUGCUGGAUAUACUUUCCGAGGAUUCCAUGCACCUGGUGGCAAGAAGAAGGAGUCAGACCCCUUGCAGGCGUUCAAGUUGGAUCCCAAGGCAUGGGGUAUGGGUGUCACGGACUCUGUCCGGUUGAGAAGCAUGAGUCUCUAA